GCGGAGACGCUGCUGCUGUUGCUAGACGACGCAAACUAGUCUUCGUCACUUCCUCAGCCCGCCGUCUGCCCACUCCCCAGGCCGGAACCCAGGGGCCCGGAGCCGGAGUGGGCGCAGGGUCGUCCUGCGAGGUCCAGGAUAGCGGUAAGCCGGGCAGCUGGAGUGGAGACCACGCCACCUGCGGGGAACCCGAGCCGAGACGGGAAGAUGGCCGCAGACAAGCCUGCAGAUCAGGGAGCAGAGAAACAUGAAGGGACAGGUCAGUCCUCUGGGAUUACUGAUCAAGAGAAGGAGUUGUCCACCAGUGCUUUCCAGGCUUUCACAGCUGGAAAUUAUGAUGUCUGUCUGCAACAUCUUGCCUGCCUACAAGAUAUAAACAAAGACGAUUAUAAAAUAAUUUUGAAUACAGCAGUAGCUGAGUUUUUCAAAAGUAACCAGACAACAACAGAUAGUUUAAGACAGACACUUAACCAGCUGAAGAAUCAGGUGCACUCGGCUGUUGAAGAAAUGGAUGGAUUAGAUGAUGUUGAAAACAGUAUGUUGUAUUACAAUCAAGCAGUCAUCCUGUAUCAUCUCCGGCAGUAUACAGAAGCCAUAUCCGUUGGUGAAAAACUUUAUCAGUUCAUAGAACCUUUUGAAGAAAAAUUUGCCCAAGCAGUGUGUUUUUUGCUCGUAGACCUGUAUAUAUUAACCUACCAAGCUGAGAAAGCUUUACAUCUUCUUGCUGUUCUAGAAAAAAUGAUUUCACAGGGCAACAAUAACAAAAAUGGAAAGAAUGAGACUGGUAAUAACAGCAACAAAGAUGGGUCUAAUCAUAAAGCUGAAAGUGGAGCUCUAAUAGAAGCUGCGAAGUCAAAGAUACAUCAGUAUAAAGUAAGAGCGUAUAUCCAAAUGAAGUCCCUGAAGGCAUGCAAAAGGGAAAUCAAGUCUGUCAUGAACACAGCUGGGAAUUCUGCACCCUCCCUGUUUCUUAAAAGCAAUUUUGAGUACUUAAGAGGCAAUUAUCGAAAAGCUGUGAAGCUGUUGAAUAGUUCAAACAUUGCUGAGCAUCCAGGAUUCAUGAAAACAGGUGAAUGCUUGAGGUGCAUGUUCUGGAAUAAUCUUGGUUGUAUCCAUUUUGCCAUGAGCAAGCACAAUUUGGGAAUUUUCUACUUUAAAAAGGCUCUGCAGGAGAACGACAACGUCUGUGCACAGCUCAGUGCAGGUAGCACUGAUCCAGGCAAAAAAUUUUCAGGAAGACCCAUGUGUACAUUACUAACCAACAAGAGGUAUGAGUUGCUGUAUAACUGUGGGAUUCAGCUGCUUCACAUUGGAAGGCCUCUUGCUGCAUUUGAGUGUCUGAUUGAAGCUGUUCAGGUUUACCAUGCAAACCCCCGCCUCUGGCUGAGGCUGGCUGAGUGCUGCAUUGCUGCCAAUAAGGGGACUUCUGAACAAGAAACUAAAGGUCUUCCAAGUAAAAAAGGAAUUGUACAGUCUAUUGUUGGUCAAGGCUAUCAUCGUAAAAUAGUUCUGGCAUCACAGUCCAUACAAAAUACUGUAUAUAAUGAUGGACAGUCUUCAGCCAUUCCUGUAGCCAGUAUGGAGUUUGCAGCCAUUUGUCUCAGAAAUGCCUUGUUGCUGUUACCUGAAGAACAGCAAGAUCCAAAGCAGGAAAAUGGGUCUAAAAAUAGUAAUCAAUUAGGUGGCAACACAGAGAGCAGCGAAAGCAGUGACACUUGCAGCAGUAAAAGCCACGAUGGAGAUAAAUGCAUUCCAGCUCCACCUUCUUCCCCAUUGAGAAAACAGGAAUUAGAAAACUUAAAGUGCUCCAUACUCGCCUGUAGUGCUUACGUGGCUCUGGCUUUGGGUGAUAACCUUAUGGCUUUGAAUCAUGCAGAUAAACUUCUUCAGCAGCCCAAGCUGUCAGGAUCCCUGAAGUUUCUGGGCCAUUUAUAUGCUGCAGAAGCCCUCAUCUCUCUGGACAGAAUCUCUGAUGCUAUUACUCAUUUGAACCCGGAGAAUGUCACUGAUGUCUCCUUAGGGAUCUCUUCAAAUGAGCAGGACCAAGGAUCAGACAAAGGUGAAAAUGAAGCAAUGGAAUCCUCUGGGAAGCGGGCACCUCAAUGCUACCCCAGUUCCGUCAACUCAGCCCGGACCGUGAUGCUGUUCAACCUGGGCAGCGCCUACUGCCUGAGGAGCGAGUAUGACAAAGCACGGAAGUGUCUCCACCAGGCGGCCUCAAUGAUCCAUCCUAAAGAGGUGCCCCCUGAAGCCAUCCUGCUGGCUGUCUACCUUGAGCUGCAGAAUGGUAAUACCCAGCUGGCCUUACAGAUCAUCAAAAGGAAUCAGCUGCUCCCUGCAGUGAAAACACUCUCUGAAAUGAGAAAGAAGCCAGUGUUCCAGCCUGUCCACCCGAUCCAGCCCAUCCAAAUGCCGGCGUUCACUGUACAGAGAAAGUGAUAUUUUGCGCUUGGAAAACUGUUACCUGAGACCCAGGGGAGUAUUUGCAGGCCUUUUUAGUUGUAUCACAGCAAAAUGAAUAAAAGACAGAUGGUAAAGGAUACUAGUUUUGAAGACACAAUUUUGAAAUGAUUCUAAUCCCUGAAUUUUUUUGCCGGAAGCUUACAUCAAAUUAAGGAUUCACAGCUCAUUUUCAUCGGUUUUCCUUUAAUCUUUGCUAGACUACUAUUUUUGAGCCAUUAUGUGAUAUAUAUGUGUCAUAGGCAAUUAAAACACAGUCUUACCAGAA